UGGCUUCCCUGCACCGCCCUCCCUCGCGCUUGCGCUUAGAGCUCUCGGCAAUGGCUGCGUCCGAGGGGACUCUGAGGAAGCGGAAAGUCGCGGACGUGGACCCGGGACCUGGGUCGCCGCCCUUGCCGGAGCCCUGUGCCGCAGCCUGCCCGACCCGUCUGCGCGUGGGCACCUUCUGGCUGACCAGGAUCGUGCUCUUGAAGGCCCUCGCUUUAGUUUACUUUGUGGCGUUCCUGGUUGCUUUCCAUCAGAACAAACAGCUGAUUGGUGAAUGGGGCCUGCUGCCCUGCAAGGCGUACCUGAAGAGCAUCCAGCAGUACUUCCAUGGCAGGAUUGGCUGGGAUGCCUGGAGCUACGCCCCAACCAUCCUCUGGCUGCUGGACUGGUCAGACAUGAACUUCAACCUGGACCUCCUUGCUGUUCUUGGAUUGGGCAUCUCCUCCUUCAUCUUGAUAACUGGCUGUGCCAACAUGAUUCUCAUGGCCAUGCUGUGGGUCCUCUACCUAUCCCUGGUCAGCGUGGGGCAGGUCUGGUAUUCUUUUGGAUGGGAGUCGCAGCUUCUGGAAACAGGGUUCCUGGGGAUCUUCCUCUGCCCUCUUUGGACACUGUCCCGGCUACCCAAAUAUACCCCCACAUCCCAGGUUGUCCUGUGGGGCUUCCGGUGGCUAAUUUUCAGGAUCAUGCUUGGAGCAGGCCUGAUCAAAAUCCGGGGUGACCAGUGCUGGUGGGACCUCACCUGCAUGGACUACCACUAUGAGACACAGCCUGUGCCCAACCCCCUGGCCUACUUCCUGCACCAGUCACCCUGGUGGUUCCACCGCUUCGAGACACUCAGCAACCACGUCCUGGAGCUGCUGGUACCCUUCCUUGUGUUCCUUGGGCGCCGCCUGUGCCUCCUCCAUGGGGUGCUACAGAUCUUCUUUCAGGUGGUCCUUAUCCUCAGCGGGAACCUAAGCUUUCUGAACUGGCUGACCAUUGUGCCCAGCCUCUCCUGCUUUGAUGAUGCCACACUGGGAUUCCUGUUCCCUUCAGGGCCAGGUGGCCUGAAGGAUCAAGUCCUACGGAUACACAAGGAGGAAGCUGGAGGGGCCCAGCCUAAGCCAAGAUACGGCUGCUUGGUGAGGCGUGUGGCCAACCUCUCGCUGGGCAUCCUGCUGGCUUGGCUCAGUGUGCCUGUGGUCAUCAACCUGCUGAGCUCCAAGCAGGUCAUGAACACCUCCUUCAGUCCACUGCGGAUCGUCAACACCUACGGGGCCUUUGGAAGCAUCACCAAGGAGCGGACAGAGGUGAUCCUGCAAGGCACAGCCAGCACCAAUGCCAGCGCCCCUGAUGCCGUGUGGGAGGACUAUGAGUUCAAGUGCAAACCAGGAGACCCCUGGAGGCGGCCGUGCCUGAUCUCCCCCUACCACUACCGCCUGGAUUGGCUCAUGUGGUUUGCAGCCUUCCAGACCUAUGAGCAGAAUGAGUGGAUCCUGCACCUGGCUGGCAAGCUCCUGGCCAACGAUGCUGAAGCCCUGUCCCUGCUGGCCCUCAACCCCUUUGAGGGCCGCGCACCCCCCAGGUGGGUCCGUGGAGAGCACUGGAGGUACCGAUUCAGCCGCCCCGGAGGCAAGCACGCCUCAGAAGGCAAGUGGUGGGCGCGCAAGAGGAUUGGCCCCUACUUCCCCCCACUGUGCUUGGAGGACCUGAAAGACUACUUCCAGGCAUGGGGGUGGCCCCUGGCAGAACCCAUGUAGCCUUCCUGCCCCCAAUAAAGGUCGGAGCCAGCACUCUGCUCUGCACGGAGUCCCACCGUGGCAGCACCACCCAGAAGAAAGUGUCCCUGUCACCUCGCUUUUCCCUGUCCCUUCCCUAGGGAGGGGCACCAGGCUUCCUGGGAGCUCUGGGCCUUCCUCACCCCUGAGGACCACUCUGCCACUGCAGCCUGAAUGACCUCAUCACACCUUUUUGUUGUUGUUGUUGUUGCUGUUUAGUACCAGGGAUCACAAACUCGGGACCUUUGCUUGCACGGCAGGUGGCAGAACCACUGUGCUAAAUCCCCGGCCUCAUCACACCCCUUUGAGCAGACGUCUCCUCAGCUAAAGCUUUGGUGGCGGCCCUGUUCUGGGACUUUCAGGGGUCCUUGAUGUCCUGGGACAGCUGUGUUCACCCUGUGACUGUGUGGACAGCCGGGUUCCCAUCCUGUGUCCAGCAUGCUUGUCCCCCACUGAUGCCCCUCAUCCAGAUGAGGAGGAGCUCACUGUCAUCCUCGUGGUCUCCACUCGAGCUCAGACUCGGCCACAUCUCCCGCUCCUCCCAGGAGAUCAGUGUGUAUGAGAGGCGCGCACAGAAGCCCUCUGUCCUCAGAUGGUGACCACGACCCCCAGCCUCAGAGGCCCCAAGGCUGGCAGCCCUUUGCCCAGGAAGAAUGUUUACUGCUCCAUGGUCACCAAGUGGACAGGACUGCAGAGGGGGACAGCAGAGCUCCUGGUGGAAUCUCCCCCCUUCUUGCCCUGCCUGGCAGGGACAGCUGCCCACCCCAGUAUCCCAGUGCCUGGAACCCAUGUGGCUGGCCAUACCGCUGAGGGCCCGGCAGGGACACGGUGGCUUGGCCGAGGUGGGCACAAGUGUGGGUCUGUGCACAGCUCCCUACCCCCACACAUGCUCACGCCUGGAGGGGUGGCCAACCCAGGUGCAAACAGAGACGGCGUCCCAGCUCCCGGGGAACAGGGAGCCUCUGUCUGUCGGGGACAGACGGGCCUCUGAGCGACGCGCCCAGAGCCAGCACGUCUGCCCACAGCAGCCCCAGGAGCUGACUGGCAGCCGGGAGACCAUCCUGGGCUUGGGCCCUGGUGGCAGGCUGGGUGGGGCCGGCCACAUGGGAUGUUGGUGGGGGCUGAGCAGGGGCAGCAGUUGCGCCAGGAGACACCAGCCCUCCAUGCCCCCUGCCAGGACCACCGUGGGUCCUGGAUUCUUGCAGUGCUAAGCCCAACUGGGCUCUUCCCAAACCUGGCCCAGCACGUACUCCCCAGUCUCCCAGGAGCCCGCUGGGGCCUGCAGGUGCACUGGAGAUGGAGGACAGGGCGUCAGCCCACAGGGCAGCGGAGGGGCUGGGAGCCAUGGUCCCACAACCCUGGCCGGAAGGAAAGAACGGUCCGGAGUGACCAGAGGGGCCCCAGUCCAAUGACAGCUAGUGGACGCCAGGCACUGCUGUACAUCGGGGAACUGCGGACAGGUGCACAUCAUCUGCUGUGGCCGCCACCUCUGCCCAGUGUCCCCAUCGCCCCAGACACUGCUCCUCCCUGACAGCCUGCUCCUGUCUCUCUUUGUGGAUGUUCAUGUGAGUGGAGCAACGCAUGUGGCCUUUAGUAGCCAGGCCCUCACUGGUGAUGUCUGCAAGAUCCGUCUACACUGGCACUCGGCCCCUUACUCCUAUCAACAGACAAACACUGCCCCCCGUGUGGACAGACCCACGUGUGUCUGUCUGCCUGUGAGAGCUGCGUGGGGCAGUGGAAUGAGGACACCAGGAAUGUCACGGGCGGGGGGCAGGGAGUGCUCAGCGUGGAGUUGAGGGUUAAGGUCUGCUUGUGAUCGGGAUGGGCUCUACGGCGGGCAAGCACGGGGUCCCAUCAGAAACCAGUUCUUGGACCGGGGAUGUAGCUCCACGGUGCUGUGUCUGCCUGGCAGGUGCAAGGUCCUGAAUUCUCUUCCCAGUACAGGAAAAAAGAAAAGAAAAAAAGAAAGAAGCCGAUUCUUCCUGUAGCAGCCCCUGGAGUAGGUCCUGUCCCUGCAAGGCGGGUCGAAUGGCCCGGGAUCCACUCCAGAGACCCAUGGGCUCUGACCCAAGGUGGCCUAGCCUUGCUCGGGGAGACGCCUCACCCCAGAGGUAGCUCUGGAGGUCCACUCACCAGGACAUCACAGGCGACCUCAGGUCAAGAUGUGACACAUGCACGGCCUCCACCUUCGUUCCUCCUGAGCGCCAAGGGCAGCCACUGUCCCCCAUCCUAACUGUGCCACGGCUCUUCACAACACUACCACUGCCAGAUCGUCCCCCGCCAGGGACUCCACUGUGUCUUUCCUGCAUUCACAGCCCUCCAAGGCCCUCCCCGCUGAGCACUAGCUCGGGGACACUGCCUGUCACCCCCUCCACACAUGGCCCUUGCCUCCCAGGCCAGCCACGCCCCCCCGUCAUAUUCCAGGUGGGCAGGGUGAUGGCCCUGUCCCCAGCACAGAGAGCAGACUGGGUCUGCUGGGUAGCCGAGCCCAUUGUGUUCCUUACCAUGAAGCUCCUGGUGGAGGAGAGUUGCCUCUUUCUCAGACAGCCCCAGAGAGAAACUUGCGAGGAGGGGAGGUGGGUGCCUGUAUUCAGAUUGGGAGCUUGCAGGACCUAACAGCACAGCUUGGCCACUGCUGAAGAAUUGCACACACUCAUCCUUCCUUGCUUCUGCCACCAGGGGGCCUUGUGAGGUGUGCUAGGUGGUCACCAGGUGGGAAAGCUGGGUCAGAAUCUAAGCAUGCCCCCCACGCUGACAGUCCGUCUACUCCACCUCCUGACGGACUCAGAUCAAUAGGCACUGUCCACCAGGCUGUGGCCAUGCUCAGGGUGGCCACUGGCCCCAUACAGAGCCAUAGCUGGGCCAGGAGCACUCUGUCCAUCCUCUGCUCCUGCUACAGAAGCCACAGGGCCUCAGUGCCUACAUCACACGAGGAGCCCGGUCUGCCACAGCCCUCCGAAGGCCAGAGACUCUGCUACUUCGUCAAGAGGUCCUUCAUUCACUUAAAAAUUACUAAAUGGAACAGAGAAAGCAGCCCCAUUGAAUAGAGAGCAAGGUACCUAGGGAUAAACCCAAGCAAGGAGAUAAAAGACUCGAAUGAGGAAAACCACAAAACAUUGCCAGAAGUAGUCAGAGACAACCUGAGCAAACGGAAAAGCAUCCCUAUACUUGGACAGGAAAACUUAAAAUGGCAGUACCGCCCCAGAGGCCUAUGCAGGGCUCACGCAAUGCCUGGCAAAAUUCCAGCGGCCUUCUUUCUGUAGAAAUGGAAACUCCAGCUUUUAAAUUCACAUGGAGUUGCAGAUAACAUAAGAAUCUCGAAAAAGAGAAAUGAAGUUGGAAGAAAUCACACUUCCUGAUUUCAAAACUUACUACAAAGCUACAACAAUCAGAACAGUGUGGUGUUGGCACCAAGACAGACAAAUGGACCAGGACAGAGACCCCAGAACAAAACCUGCACGUGUGUGGUCAAACGAUUUUUGACAAGGGCUCCAAGUCCGUCAUUCAGUGAGGGAAGGGCUACCUUUUCAACAAAUGGUACCGCUGGGAAAACUGGAUAUAUCCACUGUGACAGAAUGAAGUUCACGCCGCAGAAAAAUUAAAUAGAUGAAACCCCCAAACAAA